AUGGUGCUACGGCCGCCGAUCGAGACGUGGACCCGGCCGCAGCUCGAGGAUCACUACCACAAUGUUUUCGACCAACUCCAAGCUUCCCACAAAAAGAACCGCGAGUUGGAGAAGCAGCUCUUGCAGUCAGUUCUUUUCAAAUCCAGUUUUCAGAAAAAAAAAAAUUGAACUUUGAAAUUCAAUACCUAUUCUCAUACCUUUUUUCAAUUCUCCGUGUCUCGGUAACGAAAACAUGACACGCUCCGGACGUUUCUGAGCAAUUCUAGGGAUCACUUAAGAGCGCUGACGCUACUGAAAGGGUGCUGUUGGGUGUGAGACUCCAACAAAAUUGUAUUUUGACCUGUGAGCGCCCCACUGUUACUGUUGACCGAUUGGUCUUGCCAAUGGCGGGAUGCCACUGCAGUCUUUGAGACUUCCAAUUCUGGGCAUAAUUUAGAGAUCCACGUUCUCGAUCUGCUCUAGCAACUUACCUUCCUAUAGCCCAUUCCGCGACGGCUUGUCACGAUUUUUUUCUGUUAAAAUACCAAAUUAGAUAACAAAUUAGACCGCAUUUCGCUUCAAGAUCUUUGUUUUUUACUGUCCUUCUCGAAGUUUUGGUGAGCAAAAAUGGAGAAAAAGCUGUGUUUAUGGUAGCUUUAUUUACGAUGUGCUUUCAAAACGUGACCGGACGUGAAAAAAUUUAGUGAUCAUGAGGUAUUUUUCUUUUCGUAAAGAUGCUUGUAAAGGAUAAAUAGAUUAUUUUCGGUCAAAAAAGAGAUUAAAAUCCGUCAAAAAAGUCAUAUAAAGUUAUAAAAAGAUUCUUCGGUUUUGUAGAUUCAACACUCGCUUGCGGCGGAAUAUGUUGGAGCGAAAAGUGCGGGAAGAUACUGUCGUUGGUCGGGAGAAGUUCGACGAGGUCGUCAAGGAAAAUAAACUCCUUCUCAUGAAGGUUUUUUUGUUUCGAAAUAGUGUCGCUUUAAAAAUUCUUAAAGAUUAUCUCUACGCCGAAGACGGCAUCUUUUUGAAGCAGUAAACUUACAAAUUUCAGUUGAAAGCCGCAAAACACCAAUUGCUGGUCUACACGGCACCAUCAGCUCGUGCGGCCACCGCCUCUGCUCUCACUGUAACUUACCGUACUUCUGAACAUUCACUUCAAAACUCCUUUAGGGAAGAUCAACGUUCCGACCGCAACCGACUUGGCGACGGCAGCCCGUGACCGCGGUGAACGAGGAGACGCAGAAAGAUGAGAAAAAGUAAUUUUGAAUUUUUUUUGAUUGGUAGUGAGGUUCACCAUUGACAUUUACUAGGGAUUCAGCGAGAAAAUUUUUUUUCGAGUUUUUGAAACGAUCUGAAAUUUAGUAAAAUAUAAACUGAUAUUUUGUCUCGAAACGUGUCGCGGAAAUGAUACAUUUAGCGAUUUCAAAAUUGACGUGAUGUUUUUUGAAAUGAUCACGCGAAAUACAUUAAAUUUGAAUUUCGGGGACAGUUAGAAAAAUUGGCGACUUUUACGCGCGUAUUCACAUUUUUGGUUGAAUUCAAAAUUUUGAAUUUUGCGCGUUAAAUCCCGUUUCAGCAGCCUAUUUAUUUUUUCAUGCCUCCCAAAUGCCAAUUAAGCGUGAAUAUUUUGAACAGAAAAAAAACGUCAAUUUUAAAUUGCCGAAAUGAACACGGCAUGUUUUUUUUUCAAAUACCAUUUUUUUAAAAUCACUACUUUGACAAUUGUUCUUUAUUUUUAGGAGCGAGACGAUGUUGCAGCUGACGACAGACGAGAAGUUGAUGAUUGUCCGGUUAAACAGGACCCUGAAAAGCCGGAAUCAGCAAAUCUCCGACCUGCAGUACACGGUUGAUCAGUUAAAUGAGGUAAAUCGUUUGUUUAAGUAUUUACCUAAUACACGGCUGGCUUGAACCAUAAAAAAAAAUAAUAGGUUCUGACACGAUAAGAAAAAAGACGAUGCCUGUUUGGUGGAGAGCGCAUACAGGCCACUUCUUCGGGUAUUAAGCUGCUAAAAAAGCCAGAAUGUCACAGGAGAAUUUUAUUAAAUUGAAAAAUUUUUGAAACGUUUUUUUAGCAAUCGCAAACGGACAAUUUCAGCAGAAAAUAGAAAAAAAUCUCAAAUUUUUUGAUUGUACGACUUGGAAAAAAAAAACACUCAAAAUCGGCUUUUUUUCCGUUAUCUUCAUGAAUUUUGUCUUUCAUCUUACCAGAACCUCUGAUAUUAUAGCAAUUUCAUCUUUUUCGCUUUGACUCAAAAAGCAACGAAUUUGACAGCAACUGAACGAGCUUCGAGAUGACCGUCAGAAAGCCUCGUCUUCUCGGGCUCCGUCCACGCCGAGCUCGUUGAGCGACGACAAUCAAUCGAUACUCUCCGAGUUCUCCAAUGCAAGCUUCGGCAGCGAACUCAAGGCAAAGCCGAAGCCGAAAAAGGCCAAAAAAGAGCGGCGGAUCGAGGUGAUCAAGUCUGAGACGACGACGAGGAAAGGAUCCGCGGAGAAGCAACUCGAAUCGCGUUUGAAGGUCGCCGAGCAGGACCUACGAGUUCUGCAAAGCGAGAACCAGGUCCUGAAAGACGCCAACGAGCGGCUCGUCCAACAGUUUGUCACGAUUUCCUUUCCUUUGUAGAGUUUCUCGGUAUUCAGGUCUCUCUCCCGCGACUUUGACAUUGGCGCCAAAGACCAAGUCGAGGCCAAAAAGCAGAUUGUCGUGCUCGAGGAGAAGGUGAAGGAGACUGAGAGGCGACUGCAGGAAGCCGAGCGACGUCGUAAAGAGGAGCAUCGAAACUUUGAAGAAUGGAAAAGGCAGCGAGCACGGCAAGAUCGUCAUGCUGCCGCCACGCCUUUGCCGAUCACGUAAAUCAUUUUUAUUGAAUUUUCAAAUGUUAAAUUUCAAACAGCUAACUCUGCCCCCAUCGUGUGUAGUUUUUUUGUUUUUUGGCGCGACGAUGAUCCUUUAAUAGCACUGACUUUUUGAAUUUUUCCCAAACGGUUAGAAAAAGGUCAAAGUUCGAAAAUGAGCCGUAAUUUGGAAAAUAAGGUCGUCUCAUUUUUUUUUCAAACUUAAUUUUGACCAUCUCGUUGGAGUUUUUGCGGUUAAACAAAAUGUUCUUGUCUACUAGUAAAUUGACCAAAAACGUUAAGAAAACAGUUUUAUAAGGAAAAAGCCAUUUGAUUUUUUUUUGGACCAUUUCUUUUUUCAAGUUUUCAAUAAGUUCAGACCUCAACCUCCUCAACCAGUGACACCGAAAGAUGAAGAUGAAGAGCCUGAAUUGAAGAAGAGGUCAUCGAAAAACAAGAAAGUUUGCAAAAACCGUCUUCAGCUAGAUUUUCCCCAGUUUCAGAACGACGAUGACCUUCUGACGCGGCUUUACAACGACGUGGCGGGUAUUCUGAGCGCUCACGACAUGACGACGGAUGAUCUUGUCAGCGAAACUUCUCAGAACGUCGCAAAGUCCGUCAUUUUCUUUUCUUUCUGAUGAAAUUUGGGACUUUUCAGGUGGCAAAAGUUAUACGCCGAACUCUACGAGGAACUGGAAAAAGUCCGAAGUUUGCUCUUGAUCCAGCACAAUAUCACCCAGAAGCAGGCCUCUGAGGUAUGAAAAUGAAAUUUAUUUUCAAGGGUUUUUUUAAAAUCAAAUAAGUGGUCAAAGUCUUAGCUGUUUCGUUACUUUUAAAAAAAGCUCUCCUCAAAAAGAAAAAACUUAUUAACAUUGAAAAAGAUUUUAUUUUUGAGUCAAGUCAUAAAAAUUAAUUCAAACUAAUUAUCUAAUCGAAAGAGGUGAUAAACGAUUAAAACAAAAUUGUUUUUCCAGAUCAGACUUCUGAACGAGGAGGUUUUGCGGGUGAAGACGUUGAGCGAGCAGAAGAUGCUGGAGACGAGAGAGAAGCUGGAGGAGAAGCAAAAGAAGAUCUUCCAGCUCGAGGAGCAGAUCCGAACCAUCGCCUACAGCGGCCAGAAGCCGUUACCCUUGCGAGUCGAUGACGUCAUCCCCAACGACCUUUCCACUCAGCUCUCCAUCAAACUUACCCAAGUCUCCUUGUCCAAAUCGGUCGCCUCGUCGUUCUUCUUCUCCCUGGAGUUCUUCGACUUCCAACUCGAAACGACGCCGAUUCUGGCGCCCAAGAAUCAGCCACUCGAUUUCACCACCGUCUACAGCGUCGUCGUGUCCAACCUCUUCAUUCAUUAUCUGCAGACGGUAGUUGGAGAUCUAUUUCAAAGUCGUAGAUGGUUGAAAAUGGGGGUUUGUGACUGACAAAAUGUCCAUUUAGGAGAUCUUGAUCACGUUUCGGAGUGUAUACUGUAGCCUGAACAAAUGUCAGUGAUUCCAGAAAAAGAAUUUGAAAUGCUGAAUUUUAGACCCAAAAAAUUCAAAAAAUGUGCAAUCUUGCGCCAAAUAAUAAAACGGGUUACUAAAAUCUCUAACUUUCUUCAGAGUGGUCCCUACAGGGGCAACCUUAGGGUCCCUCUAGGGAUGACUUUACCAACCUCUAUAUGAGCACUAAAGCUUGCAAAAGUGCUCCCUACAGGGGUUUAAGUCAGGGGCCCCUAUAGGGGACCUACUGCUCGAUAAUUGUUAUAAACUUUUCCAUGCAAAAAGCUGAAUAAUUAAGCGUUUUUCGAACGAAGUUGAGAUACCCCUAUAGGGACCACUUGAGUUUUAGGGUUCAAGGAGUCAAACUCUAAACACCAAUAGGGACCACUUUUCGGCCCCUAUAGGGGCUGUUUGAUCCCCUAACCCCUAUAGGGACCACUCUGGAAUCCCUAAGUUUUCUUUUUUUAUUUUUACGAUUUAUAAUUUUUUCUGUUCUCAUCAUAAAUCUUCUUAUCUUGAAAACUAUCGAUUGAGAUAGAAUGGUAAAGUUUUUUUUUUGUACACACUGAUUGGGAGCAAAUCCACGAAUAUCUAACAGAAAUGACUAUUUUAAUGACACGUUCACAAGUUCACGUAAGAAAAUACUUUAAACAGUUGUGCAAACACCGUUUUCUGCUUAUUUUAAUUGCUCCAAAACUAAGAUUUAUGUACGAUUUGAAAUGAAUAACUGAAAACGCGAGAGAAAACUCUACAAAACGAUAUUUUAAAGUCUCGAAACACAUUUUCUACUGUAACUAACAAGGAUUCUUCAGAGUGGAAUCACCAUCGAAAUGUACCGACCUCAAGGGGCUUCCUAUGAGCUUUUGGCCGUCGGUGUCGUCACUUUGACGUCGCUUCUCGAGGAGAAAAGCUCCAGGAAGUUUGCACGACUAUCGGAAGGGGACUUAUAAUGAUGAAUGAACCCAGGUACUCGGCCGAAUUGACUCUGAAGUCGCUCGAAACUGGUGAAAAGGUGGCGCAGUUGAAAUAUGAAAUCGACGUCGCCAAAGACUUGACGGAACGGUUUUCUAGUUUCCAGGUGCGUAUUCAAGAGUUAAAAGCAUUCUGGAAUGAAAAAGCAGAAAAAAACAUACAGGGAUCGGAAAACCAUGGAAAAAACUGGAAACACUUCAAGGCGAAAAUUUCAUUAUUUUAUUAUUUUUUUCUCAUGGUUUUGCACCUUUCAAGCUCAAAAUCACAAUAGCCUCUAACUGUGACUUUCAAGACGGAUAGGUACUCGAAAUGUUAUCGUAAUGGAAAGCCGAAGUCGAUUUUUAUUGGUCGAAUUAAGAAAAAAAAAGAUAAUGUGCGCUAAUCCGAAAAAAGAUCAUAUACACUCGGAUCUCAUAAACGCAAACCGGGCGGGCAUCAGACUAUUCUGAGCGAUCCUUGCUAAAAACUUUUGUGGCCACCUUAAUUUCCUUGUAAAGUCGUCCUUGAGAAAUUUUUAAAGCAGCCACUAGAGUUUCUCAAAGUCUAGAGGUCACUUCAGAGGCAUCAACCCAUUUUAUUGAUUGCUAGAAAUUUUUAGGGACCACUUCAGGGUUUUGCCGUUCUACUGGUCACUUUAGUGUACUCUCCAAGUAAUCCUUGAGAAAUCUUCUAAGUAGUCACUAAAUUUUUUUUCUCAGUCUAGUGGACACUCUAGCGGCAUCAGCGCUCUUUAGGGAUUACUAGAAAUAUUGAAAAAAAGUCCGUGGCGCGUCCGAUUUUGGUAAUGACUUAGAUAUGGUUGAUUGAUUUACACCGCUUUCUUCAUAGUUAUGUCUUUUCUACUAUCCUUUUUGAUUUGAAGAGAAGUGAACAAGCCCAGAAGCUCCUCCUGCCUUUGGAAAUACCAUCAACUUUGUCGGCCGCGGAAAACUUUGAACAGCUGACUGUCAAUGUCAACAGAUGUACAGGACUCCAAAGUUUGGGUCGAGGUUUUUCCCAAACGCCUCUGUGUUCCAAAAUUCAAAGCUUUGCAGGCAACUUGGAAACGUGUAUUGUCUACGAGUUGCUCUCCUUCUCGCCGUACUUUACCGAUUUCGUUACGUCAUCGUCGACCGCCGAGUUUUCUUCGAAACGCGAUUGGCUCAUUCCCAAGAGCGAUACGUCGCAGUUGGCUCACUCGGUGAAAAUUGGAUUUUAAAAGUUUAGAGGGAGUAUUUUUUUGACAAGAAGGCUCAUUUUCUAAUUAUUCCGUUUGAAGUUCUUUUUGAAAAAGUCCGGAAAAAACUGUAGAUAAUUUUUUUUUUCUGAGUAAACGCGAAAUUAACAUGUUUUUACGUUAAAGAGUCCUAUCUCCAAAAUUUAUUUCUCCUUCGAUCUCACAUUUCCUAACUUUAUCUGAAUAGGUUGUUAUUUGGAUAGAAGCGGUUAAUUGAAAUAAAAAAGAAACUAGAACCUUGAUGACGCCCCCUGGACACGCCCCGAACGUUUCUAAGCAGUUCUAGGGGUCACUUAAGAGUGCUGACUCCGCUAAAGUUCUCACUAGAAAUGCUCAAAAACUUUCGGGGCGUGUUCGGUACGAGAAUUUGAAGAACUUUUGAUACACUUUAUCCAUAUAGCAAGUUCGCCGUAAAUAAUUGAGAAAAGAAUUUGAGCCAUUCUUUUUGAAUUUACACUUAGAUCAAACGCCUUCAAGACCGUUCUUGAGAAGGAACUGUUUGGAAAAUGCAUUAGUUUGAACAAAUAAUUUUCAGACAGUCUCCUUCUACUUGGUUGAGAACGCGGGUCAAGGCGAUGGGGUACUCUCAAGUUUGAUGCUUCCGAUGACGCCGUUGGCCAGAAACGGGGCUAUCAAGGGGUCAUUCCCGAUGCUUUUGGUCAGUUUUCAUGGAUUUCAAUUAAAUCAAAUCAAAAUGUUUUAUUUCUCACACACAAGUACUAAAUUUCACGAAAUAGAUGUAGGGAGAGUUUGGGAACAUAUGUGUCGGAACUUGUGGUGAUGGAGGGAAGAGGACUCGCGGUCGUGUUAACCCCCCACUUGAGUAA